CUUAUUUUUUUCUUGUAGUUGAUAUGGAAGAAGUGCACAAGAGCAGCAGCAACAGUUCAGUGACACCUCCACAAACCACUGUACAAGGUACAACACUACAGGCAACUCACCUUUCUCACAUUGCUCAACAGAUGUCUCUGAGAGGCCCAACUCCACUGACAGUUGUUCAGCUUCCUGGAGAACAAGUACAGGUUCAGGGAGUCAUUCAGACAGCUCAGUCAUCUUCUGUAAUCCAUUCACCCCAGGUGCAGGCAAUGCAGGUAACUUCUUUGUCAGAGAGUGAGGAUUCUCAGGACUCAUCAGAUAGCAUAGGCUCUUCACAGAAAGCCCGAGGCAUCCUAGCCCGUCGCCCAUCUUACCGAAAAAUCUUGAACGACCUUUCUUCUGAAGACACACGGGAUAGAAAGGGAGAUGAAGAAAGUCCUGGUGUUUCCACUGUUACAUCUGUGUCUGUUCCUGCACCUAUCUAUCAGACCAGCACUGGACAGUACAUUGCUAUUGCCACCAAUGGAGCAUUACAGCUGGCCAGUCCAGGUACAGAUGGUGUACAAGGUCUGCAGACAUUAACAAUGACAAAUGCCAGUGGUACUCAGCCUGGGACAACGAUACUACAGUAUGCACAGACGUCGGAUGGUCAGCAGAUACUAGUACCCAGCAACCAGGUGGUAGUGCAGACUGCAUCAGGAGAUAUGCAGACAUACCAGAUCCGCACCACACCAACAACCACAUCCCUCCCUCAGACUGUAGUGAUGACUUCUCCUGUCACCCUGACAUCUCAGACAACCAAAACAGAUGAUCCACAGUUGAAACGAGAGAUAAGGCUGAUGAAGAACAGAGAAGCUGCUCGAGAAUGCCGCAGGAAGAAGAAAGAAUAUGUUAAAUGCUUGGAAAACAGAGUUGCUGUUCUGGAAAAUCAAAACAAAACUUUAAUUGAAGAGCUAAAAACUUUGAAAGAUCUUUACUGCCAUAAGAGUGUAUAAGCAAAGGAGGCAAAACUUUUUAUGGACUGUCUGAAUUUCAGAGGGGAAUUUUUUAUACUGAUUUUUAAAAAACAAAAAAAUAAAAACAAAAAAAGCUACAUGAAAGGUCAAAAAUUUUAAACUUUUCUACCAGGCUUUCACAACCUAAAGACUGUAAAGAUUUUAUUUACAAGAUGGUGACAAAAUACAAAAAAGGAAACAAGAAACAUAACCUAAAUUCUUGCUGGUGCAACUGGAAAUAUCAUUACAUUCAAGAUUAUAUCUACCAUAAAAGGACAUGCACAUUUUUACCUGACAAGUGACUUGAGUUUCCUGAACUAAAAAAAAAUCAAUUUUGUAACAGCAGCAAUAUUUUAUUACUAUUCAAAUGUGGGUGAAAUGGAAUCCUUCCCAUUAGCUUACCAGGAUUAGCAACAUAUAUAACCAGUAUGUUUUAAUUUCUUAUUGUUUUCUGAUCUUUAUCUUUUAUUUCAGUUAUUUGUAUGUAAAUAUUUUUUUAUUUCAACCUGUAACUUCUAACUUACAGGUGUAGAGGAUAAAAAGAAACUAAUACUUUGAUAAAAAUAUAAAUUAUAUUUACUUUUCUCAGCUGGCAGUUUGUUUAAAGGGCUUAGGGUUUAAAGGGUUUUAGGGUUUUUUGUUUUAUGAAAUGUUUGCUGUGUUUCUCAGAUGGAGGUUUCACAGAAAGCAAUGCAAAUUUUUCAGGCCUAAUCCUGGAAGAUGUCCAAGGCACAUGAGUAUUAAGGUGUUGGCAACUUAAGUGUAUUCAACACAUCCAAUUACUUUAAACCUAGUUUUUGGUAGAAUGGGUACAGCUGAGCCAGAGCUGUUGAAAAAUGCUUUUUAAAUAGUUGUGUUCUUGAUUACUGUGUGAGAUAAGCUUCUAUAAUUGAAAAAUAAAUUGUGUGCUGAUUUAUAUGUACAACUGAACAUGCAUUGCUUAUUCUGUUUGGAGAUCCUACUGUGUUUAGUUGUAAAGUUUACACACCAAAAAAGGAAGAGUAAAAUUAAAAAAAGAAAAAAAAGCUAACGAUACAUACCAAAGGGGUUAAUAAGGUUCUAAUAUAGGGCUUAUAAAUUUUUUAAAAAGUGCACAAUUACCAAACUUAUUUUGUAAGGUAGGCGAUAUUUUACAAAAAAUGGUAUCUUUGUAACAAAAUAGUCUAUUCAAAACAGUUAGAUGGUGGGUAUAUUUUAUAGUUAAACUAAAAUCUUUACAAAUUCUGAAAUUGAAUUUAUAUGCCUAUUUUAACAGUUUUUACUGUUUAUACAGCUCCUCUUAAUAAAAAAAAUAGAAUAUUUUAUGCCUCAGAUUUUCAAUCAUAUAUUUUUAUGGAUAGUACAAAGUAAAUUUAAAUCCUCUAUGGUGGGAAAUAUUUGAAUUGCUCUUAUAUGCAUCUCUAGGCAAUUUACAAAAAUAAUAAAUCCUAAAAAAAUCUUAUUGGAAAAAAUAAGUUAAAUUUUUUUGGCAUAGUCAGUAAAGCUUUGCAUGUGUUUGAACUUAAUGGAAAAUGCUAUCAGGAAUUUUGGUAUGUAUCAUUUUUACUUGGGUUUUUUUCCCCCAAGUGAACAAUUAAAGGAUAUUUAAUGUGAUCAGGACUCUUGGGUACAAAUAAAACAGUAUAUAGGCAUUGCUUUUGCAUGAAUGGUAAUGCACUAUUUUUUCCGUAGUUUUGACUGCAUUCUGGUUGCAGUUAUAUGUAUUGGAAUUGCACAACUGACUAUGUUACGACUAAGAGGCAGUGCUGUGUUUGACUGCGUUGUUCUAGCCCAAACAAGUGGAAUUAAAGAUUAAUUUACUUCCUA